UCCGUACACGCACCGUACGUAGAGUAGUGCACUCGGUCCAAAUGUCCUGUUUUCAAAGUCCACCGGCUGGAAAAAUGAAGUGCAGAGCAUUCAGUUGAUCAGGGGAUUAAAGUGAUUUAGAUUGUCGGGUGAGUUCGAGCACGUUGGGACAGUUUAAACACAUAUAUGGAGUUGGCAACCCUAACGUGCACGGUCCAGCCCGGUUAACGGUCACCCGCGGGGUCCAUGGCUGAGCUGUACUUCGUGGGCGUGGACGUGGGCACCGCCAGCGUGAGGGCGUCGCUGGUGACCCGGGACGGCGUGGUCCGCCGCACCGCCCAGCAGCCCAUCAGCAUCUGGGAGCCGCAGGCCCAGCACCACGUCCAGUCCUCUGCACAGAUCUGGGAGAGCUGCUGCAGCGCCGUGCAGAGCGUCAUCCAGGGUGUGCCCAGCGUCCAGGUCCGGGGGAUCGGUUUUGAUGCCACCUGCUCUCUUGUGGUUCUGGACAAAAGCUUCCAGCCCGUGGCCGUGGAUCGGGAUGGUGUCACGCAGAGGAACGUGGUGAUGUGGAUGGACCAUCGCGCUGCAGAGCAGGCCACUCGCAUCACAAGCGGCGGCCACCGGGUCCUGAGCAGGGUGGGGGGGGUCAUGUCACCAGAGAUGCAGCCCCCCAAGCUGCUCUGGCUGAAAGAGAACCUAAAGGAAAGCUGUUGGGACAAAGCCGCUCACUUCUUCGACCUGCCAGACUUCUUGUCCUGGAAAGCAACGGGCUCUUUAACGAGGUCUCUGUGCACUCUGGUGUGCAAGUGGACGUACUGUCCCCCGCAGGGCUGGGACGCCGGAUUCUGGACCAGCAUCGGACUGGAGGACCUCCUGGAAAACAACUUCUCCAAGAUAGGCAACGAGACGUGUCCCCCGGGGAGUCCGCUGGGCGUCGGCCUGACUCAGGAGGCAGCGGCAGAUCUGGGGUUGACCCCGGGAACGGCGGUCGGGGCCUCGCUCAUCGAUGCCCACGCUGGAGGCCUCGGUGUGAUCGGCGCAGACGUGAAGGGGCGGGGCUUAUCCUGCGAGCAGCAGCCAAUCACAGCGCGCGUGGCGAUGAUCUGCGGGACGUCCACCUGUCACAUGGCGGUGAGCGAGCAGCCAGUGUUCGUGCCGGGGGUGUGGGGGCCGUACCCGUCGGCCAUGGUGCCGGGCCUGUGGCUCAACGAGGGGGGGCAGAGCGCCACAGGAAGACUGAUUGAGCACAUGGUGAAGGGCCACGCUGCGUAUUCCCAGCUCCAGGAACAGGCUCGCCACAGAGUCCCCUUCACCGGGGAGAACAUCUACACGUACCUGAACAGCCACUUGAGUGAGAUGUCUGACGGGGGCUCGGCCGUGGAUCUGCUGGCCUCCAGUCUGCACGUGUGGCCAGACUUCCACGGGAACAGGUCUCCCCUCGCCGACCCCACGCUGAAGGGCAUGGUGACUGGACUCUCCCUCUCCCAGACCCUGGAUGACUUGGCUCUGCUUUAUUUAGCCACCGUUCAAGCCCUCGCUCUUGGCACACGUCACAUUCUGGAGGCCAUGACGGAAGCAGGACAUGACGUCAGCACCCUCUUCCUGUGUGGAGGCCUGAGCAAGAACAGCCUGUUUGUGCAGGUUCAUGCCAACGCUGCAGGUCUGCCGGUGGUGCUGCCAGACCAGACGGAGGCGGUUUUGGUGGGAGCAGCCGUCCUGGGUGCGUGUGCAUCACGGGACUACGGAACCAUACAGGAAGCCAUGGAGAAAAUGGCCAAAGUAGGGGGGGUUGUGCAGCCUGACCAUGAACUCCAGAGCUUCUACGAAAGAAAGUACAAGGUGUUCCUGCAGCUGUUCUCCCAUCAGAGGGAGUACGAGGCCCUCAUGGAGCAGAGAUGACGGCGCUGGAGAUCCGAGACCGUAGAAGGGUGACAAGCUGCCCCCUGGGAAAAACCGUGCCAGACAUCUCAACCCUGCAAAAUAAUCUACUUUUGUUAUCAUGUCAGCACCCCUUAAAGGAAACUGCCUCCUCA